AUACCGAGACCUUAUCAGAAAUGAGGGGACUCUCCCCUUGAGUAACUUUAAAGGCACGCAUGCUCUGGAAAGGCCAUGGCAUGACACAAGCGGUUAGACGCUGGUAGCAGAGAAUGUUUGUUGGGAAAGACGUGCUCGUAUUCAGUUGCCUAUCUUUGUACCGGCACGCAAGCGCGUACACGUACAGAGAGACAGACAGGCAGACUCAUACACGAGAAAAUGGACUGACGAAAAUGAGUGUUCCACUACAUCCGUCUUCGAAGGACAGAAAAUACAUCACAUACUGUACGGAGGAAGUUCCAAGUUUGGAAGUGGUUUGGGCGAUCGAUCAGAGGGGGACCAGCCGCCAGAGAGACAGCUCGGGAUGCACAGCAACACCAGUACAGAUAAGCCGGGUAGACAAGGCCAAGAUAGACACACGGCACUUGGAGAGACUUCGCAAACAAAUGCCUUACCGAAGAAAAAAUCCCUCGUGAAAACUGUUUAUGGCC